UCAAGCACACGUGUUAGGUUAUAAAUUAUUAUUUUCGAUAAAAUCCAAAUAUAGUCAAAAAAUAUUGUUGCCAAGUGUUACUUCAUAAUAAAAUGGGCACCGACGAAGCCAAACUAAAAGAUUUUAAGCUAAAGCCGAUGAAGUGUGAGCUGAAUUUCCUCAGCAAAUCGGACGGCUCUGCUAUUUUGUCUCAAGGUAGUACAGUAGCGUUGACUAGCGUCAAUGGACCCCUGGAAGUUAAAAUGUCUAGUCAGAGUAUAGAGAAAACAACGUUGGAAGUUCUCUUUAGUCCUAAAGGCGGGAAACCAUCUGUAAAAGACAGGUACAAAGAGAAUGUGAUCCGUCAAACAUGUGAGGAAGCUAUCCUGAGCAGUCUGUACCCUCGCACCGGCAUUACUGUCACAGUGCAGGAGCUGGAGGACUACGGAGGGCUCCUAUCAACCUGCGUGAAUUCCGUCUGCCUAGCCCUAAUAAACUCCGGCGUGGCGAUGCGCCACGUUUUCGCAGCGGUACUGUGUUGUGUCGACGAGCGCGGAGACAUCCUACUCGAACCUGAAGCUGACCAGCUAGAUGCCGCGAGAGCUGUGUUGAGCUUCGUCUUUGAUGAACGUGACAAGAGUCUUGUUACAGGAUUCACCGAGGGCAAUUUCAGCGAAGACACAUACAGAGAGGCCAUGGAGCGGUGCCGUUCCGCCAGCGACCUAGUGUUUGCCUUCUAUAGAGAUAUUGUUAGUAAAUACUCUAAAGUUAUUGGAUGAUACGUUUGAAGUUAAUAUGGUUGUAAAUAUACUGUUGUUAGUGUCCGUCUAAAGAUGGUAUUCCACCUGUCCAAUUUCUUGGUCCAAUGUGUAUUUGCGUCUCACAUUUUGCUUAAUGAGAGAUUAAGACGCAAUGACAUUGGACCAAGAAAUGGGACGGGUGGAUACCAUCCUAAGCUAACUCUGCCCCGGCCUGGCAAGCGACAAUGUGAAAGCGCUACCAUACACGUCAAAUUCUUGUGAAAAUAUGACUGUCAUUGCAGAUUUAUCUUAGACAGACUCUAGAUAAGAUUAGAUGUAACAUUGUUGCAAAUAAGACAAUUACCGUUUGGAACGGUAACAGGAAUUUUGCAUACCUACGAUAGGGUAUUUCAGAGAGCCUACCGCGAGUACCGCGAGCAACGAAGUUCGCAAAUUGCGGGCAUUUUUCUCUGUCACUCUAAUUAUGCCUUAAUUGGAAUAAAAAAGAAAAAUGCCCACAAUUUGCGAACUUCAGUUUUCGCGGUAGGCUCUCUGGUUCGACAACGUGCAACCCCUGCUGCUAUGCGCUUG